UUUCUCUUUUUCUUUCCUUUUCAUUUUUCACGAAGAAAACGUGAAGGCGAAACCCGCCGAACUCCUCUCCCUCCGCCGCGAGCUUCACUCCUUCCACGAUGAACUUCUCUCCCUCCGCCGUCAAACAUCAAAAUCCUAUAAGAAAACUGAAGUAACAUUGCAUAACAAAAGAACAGAUUGCUGAAUAAUCAUCAAGAACAGGGUAUACGAUGUUACCUCAUAUGUGGAGGAACAUGCAGGUGGUGAUGCCAUUCUAGCAGAUGCUGGAGAUGAUUCAACCGAAGGAUUUUUCGGGCAAUAGUGUGUAGAUCCAAUUAUAUCGCACAAAUCCAUUUGAGGUUGCCUAAUCUAAAAGGUCUAGACAUAUGACGGCAAGGAAUACAGGAAUGAGGAAGGUGUAUAUAUAUCUCAGAAUCAAAUGACACAUGACUGGCCACUCAAUUACAUCACGAUCGAACCAAACGAUGCAGCUUCCCUGUGACUAUGAUGGCCACUGCAUGGUCUGUAAGCAAAAUCCUCCCAACAUUGAAAUUUCACCAUGUCGGACAUGCGCCACUCCCUGGCACAUCCUUUGUCUUCCAGUCCCUCCCACCACUUUCUUUGAUUGGGACUGCCCAGACUGUUGUCAACCCCAACAAAACAACCAUGCUCCGCCUCUAGCCGAAAACCUUAUUUCUGCCAUUCAAGCUAUUCAAUCUGAUAUUUCACUCACUGAGGUAGAAAAGGCAAUAAAGCGCCAAAAACUUGUAGGUGGAUCAUCUAAACCACAUUUAGAUAAGAAUAAAAGUAAUGGCAUGCUUGAUAUCUUUGAUGGAACCUUAAAUUGCUCCUUCUGUAUGCAAUUACUAGAGAGACCCAUCACGACGCCUUGUGGGCAUAACUUUUGCCUUAGGUGUUUUGAGAAGUGGAUUGGAAAAGGAAAACAUGUGUGUGCUAAAUGUAGGAGCACAAUUCCAUCAAAGAUUGCUAGUCAUCCUCGUAUUAACUCACAGCUAGCGAUCGCAAUUCGAUUAGCAAAAUUGGCGAGAUCAGAGGGAAUAAGAGAAAGCAUAGACAUUGCAACUAAGAAUGCACCUUGCUUUAUGCACAAUGAUGACCGUCCUAACACAGCAUUCACUACAGAGCGAGCAAAGAAAGCUGGGAAGGCAAAUGCAUGUUGUGGUAAAAUAUUUGUGACAAUUCCAUCCGAUCAUUUUGGACCGAUCCUUGCAGAGAAUGAUCCAAUAAGGAAUCGUGGUGUUGUUGUGGGUGAUACAUGGUCAGAUAGGAUGGAAUGUAGACAAUGGGGUGCUCAUUUUCCUCACGUUGCUGGAAUUGCUGGUCAGAGUAAUCACGGCUCACAAUCUGUUGCUCUUUCGGGAGGUUACAUUGAUGAUGAAGAUCAUGGUGAAUGGUUCCUUUACACUGGAAGUGGUGGAAGAGACCUUAGUGGAAACAAGCGCAUAAACAAACAACAUUCCUUUGAUCAAACAUUUGAUUACAUGAAUCAGGCGUUGAGAAUUAGUUGCCUUAAAGGGUAUCCUGUUCGAGUUGUUAGGUCUCACAAGGAGAAAUGUUCGUUUUAUGCACCGGAAGUUGGAGUGCGAUACGAUGGUAUUUAUAGAAUAGAGAAAUGUUGGCGUAAGAAUGGAAUACAUGGUCACAAAGUUUGUAGAUACUUAUUUGUGAGAUGUGACAAUGAGCCAGCCCCAUGGACAAGUGAUUUAUAUGGAGAUCGCCCCCGUCCAUUGCCUAAAAUUAAAGAGUUGAAGGAUGCAAUUGAUAUAACUGAAAGGAAGGGUGUUCCGUCAUGGGACUAUGAUGAGGAAAAAGGUUGUUGGUUGUGGAAGAAACCUCCACCAAAAAGUAAGAAAAAGGCGACCAUUGUGAACCCUGUUGAUGGAACAAUAAUCAGAGAUUUUAAGCCAAAAACAAAGAAAGUGUCUUUAAAACUAAAAGAGAGGAUUUUGAAAGAAUUUGGUUGCAAUAUAUGUCGCAAGGUGUUAGUUUUGCCUCUUACUACUCCUUGUGCUCACAACUUCUGCAAAACAUGCUUGGAGGAUGCCUUUUCUGGCCAAAGUUAUAUCAAGAAGAGAAUUUAUGAAAAUGGACGCACUUUGCGAUCAUUGAAGAACAUUAUAAGAUGCCCUUCGUGUUCUAAUGAUAUUGCUGAUUUUCUUCAAAAUCCACAGGUUAACAGAGAAAUGAUGGAUGUUAUAGAAUCACUUCAGCGGCAGACUGAACAGAUGGAUGGAAAUUUUGAAGAAUUAAGUGAUGAUAAUGCUGCAUGACGAACUUGAAGUUCCAAAACCUUGUGAUUCAAGUAAAAAUACAUUGGAGAAAAUUAAUGAGAAUGAUCUGAAAGUUUCACAACCUCAUGAUUCAAAUGAAAAAGUUUUGGAGGAAAUUAACCAAAAUUAUCUGAAUCAAUGAUUUAAACAAAGGAAAGUCUGUAAAUUCUAAAAUAUGAUCUUAAGAAGUACGCAUAUAGAUCAUAUCAUACCUUAAAUAAUAAAAGUAAUUUUAAAACA